CUGUCGUCCGUUUCCAGCAGCCUCAGGGUCAGCUCUUCCAGCAGCGACGUGAGAAUAUCGACGGUGAGCGAUUCGGCUAGGAACGCGUGGUCGCAGAAUGUGUUCAGUGUCUGAAUCAGAUGCUUUGCCAGACGGAAGUUCUCCUCUGGAACCAGAUUGUCCGGCCGUUCGAAAAUGUGGGCCAUUUGCAACGUGAUCGUCUCAAUUAGUCCUUCGGUGUGUUCUGCCAGCUCUCGCGCAUCGACACUCCGCGAGGCAUCGCUGCUCAGGAUGCUCGAAAUCGUCACUGUGAUAUCAUCGCUGUUGGUCGCUUCUGGUGGCGGUGAGGGCACCCGAGAUGCUGGCGCUGGUGCAGGCGCCGGUGGCUCUUCAGCAGGCAUGAUGGGAUCACGGGAAGCGACAGAAGGCAGCUUGGCGCGAGGCAAGCCGAGUCUGGAAGGGAGCAUGCUUUUAGGCCUGGCGAUGCCUGUCGUGGGGGAAGAGGACCCCGGGGCGGCAGGCACGGCAGUGCGACGUACGGGAGACGCGGCGCGAGGCAAGCUGGAAGGGCCGGGAGAUGCCGGACGGGAAGGUUUGAAGUUGGCAGGACUGGCCGGUCGAUUGAGCCCUCCGAUCCGACUCAUCCCAGCGGGAGAACCGGGUCUUUGCACGCCAGUGGCAGCAAGUCGAGCGACUUGGGCUGGCGGCGCAGGUUCUGCCUGGGCUGGACCCUGCACCCGGCGAAGCCGCUCCUCGAGCUGGGUCUUGUCCUUGGCAGGAAGCGGCCCGACCAGGGACCAUACCUUCUCC